ACAGUGUUAUCAAUGCAUUUAUUCAGUUAGUUUAUAAAUCAUUGUUGCUGAAUCGUUUAUCAAAAUGGUGCGCUGGGUAUUCAUGACUUUACUAAUCGUUGGUGUUUUGAAAGUGUCUUCGUCCGAAAGUCUUUACGAUGAAAAUUUAUAUGAAAGUGUAUUGGACAAUGUGACUUGCCAGCGGCAUUUAGAGGAGAUGGAGUAUUUCCAAUUUUUCGAUGCCGGCGGCAGGAUCCCCCAAAGCAUCACGCUCGGUGGUCAAGGUAGUCUUGGCAACUACCAGCAAUGUCUCUCAAUUGCCCAGCGUGUUCCAAACGACACAAUCAUCGGUAAAUACUGCAUGAUCGGAGUAUCCUUACAGCAGAACAGCCUUAUACCUCCGGCUUUAAAUACUGGGGAUAAUCUAGGACUAAACGGAACCCUUUUUGAGCUGAUUAAGAUGAGCGAGAACGCCACUGAAGUUCAGAAUGGAUUUCGGCUUAAAAGGGCUAUCGGGGCCAUGAUGGGGCAAGAAAAUUUCAGGGAUAUGUCAACCUCUCAAAACAGCUUGGAAGUAAAGGUGGCGGUCUGCCUGCCAAGAAGCUGUACAACAAAACAGGCCUUCGGGCAGUACGCUGACAUGCUGAACGUGUCUUACAGUGACCUCUAUUGCCGACUGCCUGGUGACAAGCUUUUCUCGACAGCGGAUUAUAUUGCAGUGAUUACAAUAGUGAUUUUGGGGACGCUUACUGCGUUAAGUACUAUUUAUGAUUUAUACAACGUGUUCUUACUUGUAAAAGCUCCUGCUGAAUCAAAUAAGCUUCUAACCAGCUUCUCAGUGUUCACAAACACACGUCGCUUAUUCACUUUCUCCAAGACCCCAGGGUCCAUCGAAUGCUUGGAUGGCCUGCGGUCUCUUUCAAUCCUCUGGGUUGUAAUCGGACACUCAUUUUCAAAUAUGUUCAAUGGGAUCACUAUCAACUUAGUGGACGCUUUUGUGUGGGCCUUUAGUUCAAAGGCAACGUGGCUAGUAUCUGCAGUGCUGGCCGUGGAUACUUUUUUCAUGAUGAGCGGUCUUUUAGUUGUCUACACUACUGUAAAGAAAAUGACGCCAAUGUCACUAAUGAGAAACAUCCACCUGUUCUACCUUCACCGCCUGCUGCGCAUGUUUCCGUUGCUGGCUGCAGUGGUGCUGUACCAGUCGUCGCUGAUCCAGCACAGCGCGGACGGGCCCCGCUGGCCUGCACUGGCCACCAGCAUACAGAACUGCCGCCAUUGGUGGUGGUCUACUCUACUGCAUGUGCAGAACUACGUCAACUUGACUGAGAUCUGCCUCGGCCACACUUGGUACCUCUCUGUGGAUACGCAGCUUCACCUAUUGUCGCCUCUGGUUCUGUUCUGGGUAUUACGUAGCCGUCGCUCCGCCUGGAUUGGCCUGGCCUCUGGUCUCAUGGCCUCCAUCAUCUGCGCCACCACUUACACUUAUAUUAAGAACUAUCCCGGAGUGUCUUUGCUGGGCAUGGGGUUCGACAUAAGUUUACUGCUGGAUUACUUCAAACACUACUACGUGAACACCGUGACGAGAUCGCCGCCCUUCGUCGUGGGCAUGGUACUUGGUUAUCUGCUUCACAUUUGGCGAGAACAUCCGAGGAGGUUACCUAAGUGGUUCCUAGCAGCUGGUUGGGCGGCCGCGUUCGCACUUGGUACUGGGAUGGUUUACAGCAACAACCCGGACGCCAAGUUUUCCCAGUUCUGGGCAAAUUUCCUCAACUCGUUCAUGAGGGGGCUCUGGGCGGUGGCAGUCGGCUGGGUCGUGUUUGCGUGUGCUGCUGGAUAUGGAGGGCCCAUAAACUGGUUUCUCUCCUUAACGAUGUGGAAGUUCUUGGCCCGCAUAUCCUAUGCACUGUAUUUGAUCCACUAUCCGAUCCAGUUCAUUAUAAGAGGGCAAAGUGACUUGCCUGUCAUGUUCAGCCUAAGGAACUUGUUUUACGUGUUCUACACGGAUAUUUCACUGUCGUUGAUGGUUGCGACUGCGUUGUGCGUGCUGGUAGACGCUCCUUUCUCCACAUUACAGAAAAUUCUGCUACAAGAAAAAUCGAAACCACCACCUUCCAAUGGACAUCCACCUUCUAAUGGAGUCUCCUCAUCCACCGAAGUAUUAGUAAAUAAUUAA